AUGGCGCCAAUUAAGCGCAAGGGGAAUGCCCCUGAAGAAACAGCUGCUCGCCAGCCCCAAAAACGUGCUAAGGUUGGAGCGGAGGAGAACAAAAAAGAGCAUAAGAAGGAAAACGAUGCCGCCUCCACCGCCGCGAAAGCUUCAGAGCUUUCCGUGCUGCGCGACGAGGAGCCUUCGUUCCCUCGUGGUGGUGCAAGCGUCUUGACCCCAUUGGAGCGCAAGCAAAUCCAGAUUCAGGCCAACAAGGAUGUUCUGUUCGAGCAGAAAGGAUCCCAGAAGCCUUCCAAGAAGCCCUCAACCACCUUUGAAGAGGAGAGCGAUAAUGACGUUGAAAUGGAGGAUGAAGAGACAACCACAACCUCCAAGAAGUCUCGGAAGAAGAAGACAAAGGGCAAGAAGUCUACAGAUAAGGAUUCGGCUGAAAAGCAAGAAGUUCGCAUUGAAGGUCUCAGCUUCAAGCGUCUUGUUCCUGGAACCAUGGUUCUAGGUCAAGUCUCCAGCAUCAACGCCCACGACAUCGGCCUGUCGCUGCCUAACAACCUUACCGGAUACGUCCCUCUUACAUCCGUCUCGAAGGGACUCGAGGACAAAAUUGAGAAGAUGUUAAAUGACGAGGAAGAGGAUGACGAUGAGGACAGCUCAGACGACGAGUCUUUUGAUCUCAAGGACCACUUCUAUUUGGGUCAAUACCUGCGAGCAUUCGUUGUCUCCACCGGUGGCAACCCUGCAGACCCCAAGACCCGUAGCAAGAAGCACAUUGAGCUAUCAAUCGACCCCAGACAAACGAACACUGGUCUCACAAAGUCCGAUCUCGUCGUAAACUCGGCUGUUCAGGCAUCCGUUGUCAGCGUUGAGGACCACGGUGUGGUCAUGGACCUUGGCAUUGAGGGCGCAGACCUGAAGGGAUUCAUGUCCUCCAAGGAGCUCGAUCACGGCGUGGAGUACUCGAACCUCAAGGAGGGAUCUGUCUUCCUUUGCAUGGUCACUGGUCAGAACCCCAGUGGAAAUGUCAUCAAGCUGUCCACCAACUUCCAAUCAUCCGCCUCGAUCAAGAAAUCGAACUACCUCAGCUCGGCUCCCACAAUCAACACCUUCCUCCCCGGAGCCGCCGCCGAAAUUCUCCUUACCGAAGUCACUUCAAGCGGCAUGAUCGGAAAGAUCAUGGGAAUGCUCGACGCAACCGUCGAUCUGGUUCAGUCCGGUGCCAACAACGGCAAGAUUGACCUGGAGAAAAAGUUCAAGAUGGGUGCCAAGAUCAAGGGUCGUAUUGUUUCGACCUUUCCAUCUGCCGAGCCCUUCAAGGUUGGCUUCUCGAUGCUCGACCACGUCCUCAAGCUUUCUUCCGAUUCCCUUGGUCCCCGUUCCUCCGACGAGGCCCCUGCUAUCUCCGCCAUCAUUCCUGAGGCGAAGAUCGUCAAGGUUGACCCCGGUAUGGGUGUGUAUGCUCAGAUUGGAGAGACCAAGCACAUUGGUUUCGUUCACAUGUCAAGGCUCUCCGACGGCAAGGUCGAGAGCAUUGACGAGACCUCCGGUGCUUUCAAGCUCGAUGCUACCCACGAGGCCAGAGUCGUCGGCUACAACCCCGUUGAUAACCUCUACUUGCUUUCAUUCGAGAAGUCCGUUCUCGAGCAGCCUUUCCUCCGCGUCGAGGAUGUUACCGUUGGUGCCAUCGUCAAAGGAAAGGUCGAGAAGCUCCUGAUCGGUGCCAAUGGCAUGGACGGAGUGAUCAUUAAUCUGGCCGAUGGAAUCACUGGCCUUGUCCCUUCCAUGCACUUCGCCGAUACCCAGCUUCAGUUCCCCGAGAAGAAGUUCCGUGAGGGCCAGAAGCUUUCCUUGAGAAUUCUCUCCGUCAACGUUGAGAAGCGCCAGAUCCGCUUGACCCUGAAGAAGAGUUUGCUCAACAGCGAGUCUGCCAUCUGGAAGGACUACAAGGACAUCACUCCUGGCUCCCAAUCCCCCGGUACCAUUGUCAGCCUCCAGACCCACGGUGCUGUCAUCCAGUUCUACGGUGACGUCCGCGCUUUCCUUCCCGUUUCCGAGAUGAGUGAGGCCUAUAUCAAGGACCCUGCCCAGCACUUCAGACAAGGACAGGUCCUCAAUGUUCACGCCUUGAGCGUGGAUGCCGCCCUCGGCAGACUCACCGUUUCUUGCAAGGACCCCUCUACAUUCACUGAGCAGUACCGCAAGGCUUUCGAGACUCUCCACCCCGGUCACCUUGUUAGUGGAGUCGUCUUCGAGAAGUCCAACGAGGAUGUUCUUCUCAAGCUCGACGAGUCUGGUCUCAUUGCUCGUAUCGACUCCCAGCACAUCAUUGACGGACCCCCCUCCAAGCAAGCCUCGAUGAUGUCCAAGCUCCGUGUUGGCCAGAAGUUGAACGACCUCUUGGUUCUCGAUAUCCAGCGCGCCCACCGUCUCAUCAAGGUUUCUAGCCGAGGCAGCAUGAAGAAGGCCGCCAAGACUAAGUCCAUGCCCAGCAGCUUUGAGCAGGUGCAAGAGGGUUCCACUGUCACCGGUUUCGUCCGCAACAUCACUCCCGAUGGUGUCUUUGUCGAGUUCCUUGGUGGUCUUACCGGUUUGCUCCCCAGACGUCUCAUCGACGACGCCAACCUCGAGCAGCCUCGCUACGGUCUGUCCAAGGCACAGACUCUCACCCUCAAUGUUCAAUCUGUAGAUAUGGAUUACAAGCGCUUCAUUCUGAGCAUGAAGCCCGUGGAUACUGCUCCUGUUAUCUCCAAGAAGGCCCCCAAGCAGCAGACCGAUGACAACGUUGCCAACCCCAUCGACAGCAACAUCAAGACCAUGUCCGACUUCACCUUCGGCAGAAUCGUUGAAUGCAAGGUUGUCUCCAUCAAGGCCACUCAGGUCAACGUUCAGCUGGCGGAUAACCUGCAGGGUCGUAUCGAUGUCUCCGAGAUCUUCGAUGACUGGAAAGACAUCAAGGACCGCAAACAGCCCUUGCGAUUCUUCAAGGCCAAGCAGACCCUGUCUGCCCGUAUCCUCGGUGUCCACGAUGCUCGCAACCACAAGUUCCUUCCCAUCAGCCAUCGCUCUGGCAAGUACCCUGUGUUCGAGCUUUCUCUCAAGCCUAGCUAUUUGAAGGCCUCCAACCCCGCCCCUCUGAACAUGGAGCAGGUUCAGGUUGGAUCUUCUUGGAUGGGCUUCGUCAACAACGUUUCCGACGACUGCCUUUGGGUCAACUUGUCCCCUAACGUCCGCGGUCGCCUGCGCUUCAUGGAUGCCUCUGAUGAUCUGUCCUUGUUGACCGAUGUUGAAAAGAACUUCCCCAUUGGUUCCGCUCUCAAGGUCCAGGUUACUGCCGUUGACGCCGAGAAGGGCCACCUCAACCUCACUGCCAAGCAGGGCUACGACAAGCUCGCCUUUGGUGAUAUCUCUGUUGGCAUGAUCCUUCCCGGUCGUGUCACCAAGGUCACCGAGAGACAGGUGAUCAUGCAGCUCGGCGAGGCCCUCGUCGGUGCGGUCAACUUGGUUGAUCUCGCCGAUGACUACUCGAAGGCCAAUCCUACCGUGCACAACAAGAACGAGGUUCUGCGUGCCUGCGUCAUUGCCGUUGACAAGGCCACCAAGAAGAUCUCUCUGUCGCUGCGUCCUUCCAAGGUUCUCAGCUCCUCGCUGCCCGUUCAAGACCGCGAAAUCUCUUCCUACAAGGAUGUCAAGGUCAACGAUGUCAUCCGUGGCUUCGUCAAGCGUGUCACUGACUCCGGUCUGUUCGUCGCUAUUAGUAACGAUGUCACCGCUUACGUGCGCGUAUCUGAUCUCUCCGACUCUUACCUGAAGGAAUGGAAGGACUCCUUCCAGCCCGACCAGCUGGUCAAGGGCAAGGUCACCUUCGUUGAUGCCGAGCAGAACAAGCUGCAGAUGAGCUUGAAGGAGUCUGUUCUAGACCCCAACUUCAAGGCUCCCAUCACCCUCAAGGACCUCAAGACUGGCCAGAUUGUCACUGGUAAGGUUCGCAAGGUUGAGGAGUUUGGUGCUUUCAUCGUUGUUGACGGCUCUGCCAACAUUAGCGGUCUCUGCCACCGCAGUGAGAUGGCUGACAAGCGUGUCGAGGAUGCCCGCACCUUGUACGAUGAGGGUGAUGCUAUCAAGGCCAAGGUCAUCAAGAUUGAUCACGCCGCCAAGAAGAUCUCUUUCUCGCUGAAGGCUUCCCACUUCCAAGAUGAAGAGGAUGACAGCGCGGAUGAGGACGAAAUGAGCGUCGAUGGUCUUGGUGGUGUCGAGCUGGGUGAGGAUGACAGCGAAGACGAGGACGAGGAUGACGACGAGUCCAUGGGAGGUGUCGAUGUGGAAGACGACAGUGAGGAAGAGGAAGAAUCCGACGACGAGGAUGUGCCAAUGCAAGACGCCAAGCCCUCAAAGACUGGCGGUCUCGGCGCCGGCGGCUUCGACUGGAGCGGCAAUGCCGCGACGGAGGAUACUGCUGCUCGCGAGGACAGCGAUGACGAGGACUCCAAAAAGAAGAAGAAGAAGAACCGCAAGGCCGAGAUCCAGGUUGACCGCACCGGCGACCUGGAUGCGAACGGUCCGCAGUCAGUUGCUGACUUCGAGCGUCUUCUCCUUGGUGAGCCCGACUCCUCUCUCUUGUGGCUGCAGUACAUGGCCUUCCAGCUGGAGCUGGGUGAGGUCGAGAAGGCCCGCUCCGUUGCCGAGCGUGCCCUGCGCACCAUCACCAUGGGCCAGGAUACCGAGAAGCUCAACAUCUGGGUUGCGCUGCUCAACAUGGAGAACACCUACGGCGAUGACGACAGUCUCGAGGAGGUGUUCAAGCGUGCUUGUCAGUACAACGAGCCCCAGGAAAUCUACGAGCGCAUGAUCAGUAUCUACAUCCAAUCCGGAAAGAACCAGAAAGCAAGUGACCUCUUCUACGAGGCCCUCAAGAAGAAGAUCUCCUCGCAAUCCCCCAAGUUCUUCUACAACUACGCCAGCUUCCUCUUCGACACGAUGAGCUCCCCCGACCGCGCCCGCGCCCUCCUUCCCCGAGCCCUGCAAUCCCUGCCCGCCCACACGCACAUCGAGACAACCUCGAAGUUCGGCCAGCUCGAGUUCCGCUCGGAGAACGGCGACGUGGAGCGUGGCCGAACUGUCUUCGAAGGUCUCCUGUCCUCGUUCCCCAAGCGCAUUGACCUGUGGAACGUCCUGCUGGACCUUGAAAUCAAGGUCGGCGAUGCGGAGCAGGUGCGCCGUCUGUUCGAGCGGGUCCUUGGCCUGCAGAGCGGCAAGAAGGGUGCAGUGAGCAUCGACGCUAGCAAGAAGCUCAAGCCUAAGCAGGCCCGCUUUCUCUUUAAGAAGUGGCUUGCCUUUGAGGAGAAGCUGGCUGCUGAUAAUGGUGAUGAGAAGAUGGUUGAGGAGGUCAAGGCUCGUGCUGUGACUUAUGUCAAGUCUUUGCAGGAGUAG